UGUGCGUGCAUGGUGGGAGUGGUUUGCUGAAGCCACUUCUUGCUUCCCUCUAAUUAGCAGCGUGUGCCGGUAAAGAAAGCCAGUCCUCUCGACCUCUCCAACGCGCAGAGGCACCACCUGUUCACCACUUCACCUGUGUGAUGACUAACGGUGAGAAAUCCGACUUGCAGAAGCAGUUCGGAUGCUCAGUGCACGGUAGUGUCAUCUGCUGCUGCUAAGCUGACAGACAGGAACAGCUGAAACUGCAGGUAGAAGAAGAAAAGAAAGAAAAGAAAGCACUUUGAGUGUUUCUGUGGAGAAGUUCUGCAGGUUGGAUCCGACGCACCGACUUGUUGGAGCUCUGAGGUUGGCCUCAGUUGUUGCAUCUCCGACAGACAGACAAGUCAGCUGCAGGAUUUAAAAGCCUGCUGCAAGGAUGAUGUCCUACAUAAAGCAACCUCAUUACACCAUGAACGGGUUAAAUCUGCCUGGCCCCGGAAUGGAUGUGCUGCACACAACCAUCGCUUAUCCAUCCACUCCCCGGAAGCAACGCAGGGAGCGCACCACCUUCACCCGGACACAGCUAGACAUCCUGGAGGCGUUGUUCUCCAAGACCCGCUACCCAGACAUCUUCAUGAGGGAGGAGGUGGCCCUCAAGAUCAACCUGCCGGAGUCACGUGUGCAGGUUUGGUUUAAAAACCGCCGUGCCAAGUGCCGUCAGCAGCAGCAACAGAGCAGUGGCCAGUCCAAGCCCCGUCCUCCCAAAAAGAAGGCCUCUCCAGUGCAGGAACCCAACGCCCCUGAUCCUCUUCCUAACCAAUCUGGCUCCUACAGCCCAUCCUCUGUCCAGUCAGGCCCCAGCCUGGUGCCGAGCUCCAGCACUGGAAACUCGGCCGUGUCCAUCUGGAGCCCAGCAAUCUCGCCCUUGCCCGACCCUCUGGCCUCCUCCUCGGCCCCCUGCAUGCAGCGGCCAUCACCUUACCCCAUGAGCUACGGCCAGCCGUCGGCCUACACCCAAGGCUACGCCAGCACCACCUCCUACUUCACCGGCCUGGACUGCAGCGCCUACCUGUCCCCCAUGCACUCGCAGCUGUCAGGCACCGUGGGCGCCCUCAGCCCCAUCACCGUGCCCUCGAUGGGGGGCUCCCUAAGCCAGUCCCCGGCCUCGCUGUCCUCGCAGGGCUACAGCACGGCCUCCUCCCUGGGCUUCACCUCUGUUGACUGCCUGGACUACAAGGACCAGCAGGCCUGGAAACUGGGCUUCACCACAAUGGACUGCCUGGACCACAAGGACCAAAACUCCUGGAAGUUCCAGGUCCUCUAGAAAAGCGAGAGAGGGUGGUGUUCAUGUGAGAUAGUGUGAAGCAGUUCUGCCAGAGGACUUGUUAUCUUUCAUUUUCAGUUGCUUGUUUGUAAGAUUUUUGUUUUAUUUUCUAAAGGUGACCUCUGUAGAAAAGCAUUUUAUGUGAAUGAGUUUGGAAAUGAAGUGACCAGUGACUGUCAUCAAUGCUGCCUGACUGCAAAUCCGAUCUGUUGUCUUCUUCAUGCUGCGUUAAAUAAGGGAACAAAAGCCUUUAAAGAGUUUGUAGGGAAAUACUGGAGCUGUAUGUUUGGAAACCCACCGAGCCAUCUCUUCUUUUAACGUGACAGACACACGACAUGUGUUUCAUUUUUAAACUUGCAUUGUCAUAGUGAAAGGAGAGCUGCUACGACAGGACGGAGCUCUGGAGUCCGAUAGGUCACCUCCUCCUUCAGGGUCUCAUUGUUUUAUGCUAUUUAUUAUUAUUAAUUUAUGCUACAUAUAAACAUGUCAUUUGGUUUAGAUAUUUUUCAGCAUGUGUGUUGCGUAUUGCAGUGUUAGCCUUUAGUGUUAUCAUCCCCCAACUGUUUGAUGGAAAAAUUUAGAUCUUCUGUUUUUAGCUGUGUGACAUAUUAAAGUGAUCUAUUCUUUACA